AGAGAGAGAGAGACUCUCCGCAAACACUUUCCAAAGCAAAGCGUACCACCACCGCCUUCCUCUCUCUUCACCAUCAACUUCAACACUCAAAAAGAACCCAAAUUCACAAUAUUCUUCUGAAUCUGGGUUUGAAAAUGCCGUUAUAUAAAAGAAAGCCAUUUGCUUUGGUGGAAAAACCAAAGGAUUUGAAGCCUAAUGACCUCGUGUUCCAAGUUCGUUUUACUAAAGAGAUAUUUAAGGAUUACAGUGAAUAUCUGAGACGGAUGAACCUGUAUCGCCAUAGAGUAUGGUCAUGCAAAUCGACAGGAAAGAAUAACUUGACGUAUGAGGAGGCAUUGGUUUCAGAGAAGAAGGCUGCAGAAGAAGUUCAGAAGUUCCCCGAGGAACUAAUGGCUCCGGUUCUCCGUGAUGUGCAAUUCAGUAUGCUCAAUUUAAAAGAUCUUGGGGACGCUAUUGCUCAAAAGCUGCAGGGCUGUCUUUCAGAAGGUAGUGAAUUAUAUGGGAGGAAAACCAAUCAUGUAUAUUCCUGCAAAAUUGAGAAAGUUGUGAAGGAUGGUGAGGAAACCCGUUAUGAGGUUUCAUGGCUAGACAAAUAUGAAAGACUGCCUGAGAAUACAGUCAUCAAUGAAGAAGAUCUGAUUAGGUGCAAAUUGCGAUUUAGUAGAGCUUUUCUAAGGUCCUUUAUCAGAGAAUCUACAUAUCGAAGCAUUCCUUGGGUCUUACAUGAAAAAUUGGCAAAGAAGCAUGGAAUACCAACUGGUCCUCCGGAUGAGCUUAAGGAUCAAAUAUGUAUGCAGGAUGGUGGUGUUGUUAUUAAUAGAAAGAAAAAGAAAAGUGAAGAUAGAGAGGCAAAAGAGAAUGGCUUCCAAGAUUCAAAUGAGAUAGGAAAAGAAGACAACCUGAACGCGGAGUCCAUUAGAUAUCCAAUCGAUGAUCUUUUGGUGCAAUGUGCAGAGUCCGAUAAACACUUGGUUGAACGCCCUUCUCCAUGUAGGGAAUUUAACGUCCCAAUGGAAUGCAUAGGGGAUCUUUUGAUGGUAUGGGACUUUUGUACUUCGUUUGGCAGGUUGUUCCACCUGUCGCCAUUCUCCCUUGAAGAUUUUGAAAGUGCUGUCUGUCACAAAGGCAGCAACAUUGUUCUCAUAUCUGAAUGUCAUUCAGCCCUUCUUCGCUUUCUUUUGAAAGAUAACGGCGAGUAUUUCAUGGCUGUACAGAAGAAAAGACAGAAGCUGAAGAUUACUUUAAUCAAUUGGAUGGAGUAUUUGUCUGAUUUCUUGGAAUUAAUUGGUAUUAUAGAAUUGUCUAAUCAUGUUGCAACAAUUAAGAGGGGUCACUAUGGCCUUGUAGACAUUCAGGCUAAAUUGGCAAUCUUGCGUGAACUGGUCUGUCGAGUCAUUGAGACAGAGUAUUUUAAAGAGAAAUUGGAUGAGGAUAUUGAAAAAAAGCAGGCACUUGCAGCAACAAGGAGAGAUGAAAUUUUGGAAGAAUCUAGGAAGAAGAGAGAAGAAGACCAUUUGAAAAUACAGUCUAAUGGGAAGGAAGCAACAAAAGGGUGUGGCAACUCCUCAGAUACUGGGAGCGAUAACCACCUCAGAGAGAAUGGAGAUGUGCCAAGUAGGAACGGCAAACGAACAUCAUCUCAAUCAAAACAUUCAUUAGAAGACAGUGAGAGUGAGCUACUAGCAGACUCAUUUAAAAAAGCUAAGAUGAGAAAGGUUGAAGUCAAAAAUGCUACAGAAAAGAUGAAUGGUUCCUCGAAGAUUGCUUCUGACAAAUUGAUAAAGGAUGAAGGGAAGGAAACAUUAGACAACAGGAGUAAGGAUCAAAGAGCUCUUCACAAAAUGCGGAAAAAUGAGAUAAAGGAGCAUCUUGAAAAAAGGAGUAAAGAGCAAAGGAAAGAAUAUCUUGAACGGGAAAUAGAGAAGAGAGUAAUACGCACCAAUCCAUUGGGUAAGGACAGAGAUUAUAAUAGGUAUUGGUUUUUCCGCCGGGAUGGAAGAAUAUUCGUUGAGAGUUCAGAUUCUGUCCAGUGGGGCUAUUAUUCUUCCAAGGAAGAGCUUGAUGCUCUGAUUGGAUCACUGAAUGUGAAGGGUGUAAGAGAGAGGGCUCUUAAAAUGCAACUGGAAAAACUCUAUGACAAAAUAAGGUGAGUUAAACGUCAGAUGAAACAUUUUGAUUUU